AUGGAUGAUGAAGAACCAGCAAUAGAACCACUAGUUGACAUCAGUGGUGUAAGUUUUUUUGACUUUGUUCAAGUGGAUGAAGAUGUUGCUGUCUCAGGUUCACCAACCGAUGGCAAAACUUUAUCUGCGACGGAUACAAAUGAAAAAACCAACGAUGAAGAUGAAGACGAUACAUCAGAACCUUUGGCAGAGGUGUCAAAUAAGGAAGCAAGAGCCAUUCGAUACCUUAAAAAGCUUCUGACUACAAAACGAAAGUGA